CAAACCUGUAGCAGACAAACGCUCGCAGAUGUCUCACAGCUCAGUCACCAUGGGCUGGAUCUCAACCGCAUAAACCGCCAACCGGUGAUCGCUACCGCCCGACUUGUAUUCUCAGCCUGCCCACAGGUAUAUGAGGGAUUUCUCGUUGACGCACUACAUUUCAGCGUCAGACACUCCACAGUCUGCCGCCGUGUGAGUAAAAUACUCUGUGUUUACAUUUAGUUUGGACUGCUCGGCGUCGGGAGACUCCUCAGGAGGCGAAGCAGAGCGCGGAUAUGGUUCCAGAGCACCGAUGGAGAGCGUGAAACCUGAAUUAUUCCUCUUUUAACAACCUCGCCGAUAUCAGCUCUCCUGUUUUACGCACAAGGAGCGCUUGGAAUUAUUGCGACCCAGGCAAGCGUGCGCACACCGGAGCACAAACCCGUGGCAUGACAGACCCGAGCGGCGGACUGACGGGGUGAAUUCAGCCUCCUAAAUGUCAGGAAGAUGAAAUCUCCAGCAGCAGCAGCAGCAGGUCGGGAGAAUAACUCAGGAGGGUUUAUUAGGCCGCGUCACUCCGCGUUCAUUUAACAACAGCAAACCCAAAGGCGACUGUAAGCAGUUUAGUUGUUCGACACACAAACAAAAAAAGGGAGUAACCAUGUCCAGGACGCUGAAGAAGAAGAAACACUGGUCCAGUAAAGUGGUGGAGUGCGCGGUGUCAUGGGGGAACCUGGGGGACUUUGGCUCCGUGGUGGAGGUCCUGGGGGGAGCAGAGCUGGGACAGUUCCCCUACCUGGGCCAGAUGAAGCUGGACGUGCUGGUGUGUCACGUCGGGAAGCUGCCCUACUACGGGGACGUUUUGCUGGAGGUGAACGGGACGCCCGUCAGUGGACUUACAAACCGCGACACCCUGGCUGUCAUACGCCACUUUCGGGAGCCGAUCCGCCUGAAGACGGUCAAACCAGGUAAAGUGUUGAACACAGACCUGCGCCACUACCUCAGUCUGCAGUUUCAGAAGGGCUCGCUGGACCACAAGCUCCAACAGAUCAUACGCGACAACCUCUACCUACGCACCAUCCCCUGCACCACACGGCUUCCUCGUGACGGGGAGGUCCCAGGCGUGGACUACAACUUUAUCAGUGUGGGAGACUUCAGGAUCCUGGAGGAGAGCGGUCUUCUACUGGAGAGUGGCACCUAUGAUGGUAACUACUAUGGGACCCCGAAGCCUCCGGCAGAGCCCAACCUGGUGCAGCCUGACCUGGUGGAUCAGGUGCUGUUUGACGAAGACUACGGUGGCGAGGUCCCCAGGAAGCGCACCACCUCUGUUAGCAAGAUGGACAGGAAGGACAGCGUGGUCCCCGAGGAGGAGGAUGAUGAUGAAAGGCCACCGCUGGUCAAUGGAUUGCCUGAGCACAAAGAGGGGGCAGAGUGGAGGAAAGCGGUGCCCAGCUACACACAGUCCAGCAGCACCAUGGACUUCCGCACAUGGAGCUCUCUUCCCCGCGAUGACAGCCUGGAGCCGCUGCCCCUUAACUGGGAGAUGGCUUACACUGAGACCGGCAUGGUCUACUUCAUAGAUCACAAUACCAAGACGACCACGUGGUUGGACCCCCGCUUGGCAAAGAAGGCGAAGCCCCCUGAGAAGUGUGAGGAUGGAGAGUUACCUUACGGCUGGGAGGAAAUUGACGAUCCACAGUACGGCACCUACUACGUUGACCACAUCAACCAGAAAACCCAGUUUGAGAACCCGGUCCUGGAGGCAAAGAAGAAGCUGAGCCAGGAGACGGCUGCGAUCCAACAAGCUGCAGCAGCACCUUCCCAAGGUAAGGGAGGUGCAUUUGGCUUCACCUCAGACCCCAGCGAACUGAAGGGUGAGAUGUACCACACAGCACUGAAGAAGAGCUCCCAGGGAUUUGGAUUUACCAUCAUCGGAGGUGACCGCACGGAUGAGUUUCUGCAGGUGAAAAACGUGCUCAGCGACGGCCCUGCUGCACACGACAACAAGAUGGCGUCUGGUGAUGUGAUUGUUGAGAUUAACGGGAUGUCUGUGCUGGGGAAAACCCAUCCAGAGGUGGUGCAGAUGUUCCAGUCCAUUCCCAUCAACCAGUAUGUCGACAUGGUUCUCUGCCGUGGUUACCCGCUUCCUCCAGAUGUAGAUCUAGACAGCGACGACCCUCUCCCACCUCCUCCUCCCCCACCGACCACUCAGCCCCAGCAGGCCCUGCAUGGCGGAGAGGUUGUGACAGCUGUGCCCCUCAUCAAUGGACAGCCCCUGCUUGUGAAAGGCGACGUCCUCCACGGCUCCUCGCAGGAGCUCCAUUACGUCACUACAGAUGCUAGCGGCCGGCCCGUGGUGGCGGCCCUGCCUAACGGGAGGCAGGGGGAGCGGGGAGAAGUGGCCGCAGGGAUGCUGCAACCAGAGCUGGUGAGCGUGCCGCUCGUCAAAGGGCCUGGAGGAUUUGGGUUCGCUAUUGCUGACUGCCCGCUGGGUCAGAAGGUGAAGAUGAUCCUGGAUGCCCAGUGGUGCCGUGGCCUGCAGAAAGGAGAUGUCAUCAAGGAGAUCAACAGGCAAAAUGUCCAAACGCUGAGUCACGCCCAAGUGGUGGACAUUCUCAAAGACUUACCAGUGGGCAGCGAGGUCAACGUGCUAGUGUUGCGAGGAGGUCAAACAUCCCCUGUGAAGAGCCUAAAGCCUAGACAGGAAAUGACGGCCAGUACAGAGACUCUGGACGGUAUCGUAGACUCCACCCCCCAGGCCCUGCCUUACCACUCCAACACGAGCACCCUGCGCUCCGCCGACUCCCCCAAACGAGACGUCACAGAGAUGUACCUGAAGUCCAAAGCCCUGCUGGAGAGCAGACAGCCUCACACCAAAGACAUUGAUGUUUUUCUCAAGAGAGACAUUGAAACAGGAUUUGGCUUCCGUGUUCUUGGAGGAGAGGGUCCACAACAGCCAAAUGUGUUCCCCCAGGUGUACAUUGGGGCCAUCGUGCCCAACGGAGCUGCAGAGAAAGAUGGUCGUCUGAGAGCCGGAGAUGAGCUCAUUGGCAUCGAUGGCGUGAUGGUCAAAGGUCGUUCGCAUAAGCAAGUCUUGGAUCUGAUGACCAAUGCUGCCCGUAAUGGUCAAGUCAUGUUAACUGUACGCAGGAAGGUCAUCUACAGGGAUGCGACAGAGGAGGAGGCUCAAGAAAUGGCUCCAGUGCUGGUGAACGGUUCUCCCAAGCUACCUCGCCUGCCGAUGCCCAGCGCUCUGGACCACGAGUCUUUUGACAUCACGCUCCACCGCAAAGACUCAGAGGGCUUCGGCUUUGUCAUCCUCACCUCUAAGAGUAAACCGCCGCAUGGAGUUAUUCCGCACAAAAUUGGCCGGAUCAUUGAAGGAAGUCCAACCGACCGCUGCGGCCUGCUGCACGUCGGAGAUCGUAUCUCGGCGGUCAACGGGCGCUCCAUCAUCGAGCUCUCUCACAAUGACAUUGUUCAGCUUAUCAAAGACGCUGGCAAUGUUGUCACCCUCACUGUGGUUCCUGAGGAUGAGUACAAGGGCCCUCCGUCUGGAGCCAGUUCAGCUAAACAGAGUCCAGCUCUUCAGCACAGAGCCGUGGGGCAAAGGUCAGCGCUACAGGAUGAACGUUAUAACUUGGACCUGGAUGAGAAAAGGGAGGGAGUCAACUGGUCUGAACACAAGACUCUUCCACUUAGUGAGCAGGGAACGCUGUGCGUGACAGGACCCAACCAGGGUUGCCUGACAGUGGAGUUAGAGAGGGGUCCCAGGGGCUUUGGCUUCAGUCUGCGAGGGGGGACAGAAUACAACAUGGGCCUGUACAUCCUGAGACUAGCCGAGGAUGGACCUGCUCAGCUGGACGGAAGGAUCCAUGUCGGAGAUGAGAUAGUGGAGAUUAACGGGGAGCCGGCACGCGGCAUUUCUCAUACACGGGCUAUUGAGCUGAUCCAGGCUGGAGGAAACAAAGUGGUACUGCUGCUGAGACCUGGGGCGGGCCUGGCUCAAGAUGGCAGUCAACAUGAUCAAAAACUCAUUUCACCCGCAAGCUAUUCCGGAGAUGUUUUCUCUGACACAUCACCCCUGUCCUCUCCAUAUCCCACUGGGGCUUCCAUCUUUGUUUCCUCUCCCUUCUCCGGCAAACUGAAACAUUCUCACAGCUGGAGCAGCAUCUCCCCGCAAGGCCUCAAGCCCCGCGGCAGCAGGGGUUUAAGCUCAGUGGAGGAGAUUAGUGAGUGGGCAGACAAAGAGGUAGAAAGGCUCUCUCCCGCCUCCCCUGAGCACAUGAACUUCUACAAGAGGACCAGGCCCCCAAAGGACUCCAGAGAGCUAAGUAGCCCAAAGAAAACAGGGGAGACAUUUCCUAAAGCCAAAGAGCAACAUCACGGUCCCAAAAAGGUUGAGAGUCAGGCGAAGGAAGAAACACUGAGCAGGAACAGGACGUCUCUCACACAGACAAAAACACGAUCCUCAAGCCCUCGGAAGUCUCCUCAAGAUGGGCAGCGAGCGGCUCCGACCUUGCAGCGUGCUGAGCAUCAACAAGGCCCUCAGAGGAGAUUAAAAGACUCUUCCAGCAGAGAGAGCUUGGAUCUUGAAAAGAAAAACGGCAAAGGAGGGAAUCUCGAGAUCAGACGAUACUCUCAAACACGGGAGAUGGAAGGGAGAGGAGAAAGGACAAGGCCUGGCCAUGAGCAAGUAAGUUUCAAAAGGAGGGUGGCAGGAGACCCUCGACUCCACAGGACAUCUCCUCAGAUAGUCAGAGAGGGCAAUAAAGGUACAGGUAAAGACUCAGGGCAGAGAGAUACUAAUGGAAAGUACAAAUCCACAGAAGACAGGAAUACAAGCAAAGAAACCAUCAACAAAAGGGAAUCGCUGCAGUCUUUUAAAGAUAUGUGGAGUAAAAAAGGUUCUGUGGUUCCACCGAGAGAGGCGAAAGGAAGAGAGGACACAUUUUCUUACUCCAAAGAAGCCAGUAGUAAAGACUUUGUGGCCUCUAUAAACAGUUCUCCAGGGACGCCGCAGAGCCCAAAGGGACCUAUUAGCCCCGGCCCUUGGAAAGUGCCCAGCUCAGCCAAAAUCCUCUCCCAGGCAGAGGUCCUUCGUGACCCAUUGUGAUAGAAUAUUGAAUCACCCAGACUUGAGAAUAUUUAACAGUACCCUCAGCGGAUUGUUUUCUGAGUUCUUCCAUAAAACAGAGAAGUGCAACAUGGUGCCACUUUUCUUACCUUUGGACCAUGUUCAGAUUUGUCUUUUGACUCGGUCUUUUUUGGGAGUCCUGUGACAUCACGUGUUGGCAUGUAGCAGCUCCCCCUCCGCCUUGUCCGCUGCUUUAGCAUCUUCGAUGUGGAACUCAAGCAUGUGCGGCAUGCUCGGGGGCUCGCCAGACAAGACAUUUUGAAAUGUGAAUAUGUGCCAAUCCUGGGAGCCUCCUGUGGAACAACGACUACCAACAGCGCUUCACCCAUUACAAUGCAAUGACCCAUAUGCAAAGAAAGGAGAUAGGCCCUCGCCUCUCGCCUGUAGUAUACACCAAGUGUGACUGUCAUCGAGGGUUUGAUUUAGCUCUCAGCCUCAUUGUGGGAUAUUUUGACUGUCUUUUUCUUAAUCGUUUGCUCAACUGCAUGCAGUCGGUCCUUCUGUUUGUUUUACUGCAUGUGUUCUGCACAUCACUGAGGAUUAUCCUGUUUCUUGUUUAUAGUUCCCAUUCUCAACACCAGGCCGAUUUCUAACACAAUCCAGCAAGCGUUCACUUUACCGGGGACUCUAGACUGUUGUAUGAUUAUAGACGUGGCUCUCCUCCAUACAAACAGUAUCAUUCAAAAGACCAGAAACUUGUGGUUUGAGAUCUUGUUUACCAUGUGUACGAUAACCAACCAGUGUGCAAUUUAUUGAGACAAUAGAUUAUUACGUGUAUAUGUAGCUGUACCAAGCCAUUCCACAUUUUGAUAUAGACUUCAAAGAUUUGUCCCAUGUCAUUUGAGCUUUCACCGUCCCUCCGAUGUACUUCAGUGGUAGGACUUACCAUGGAUCUUGUAGUUCAUGAAAUGUAUAGGUAAUGUGCAAACCGCUGUACCAAAUGUUUGCAAUCGCUCAAAACGUGUCUCAUUGUGAAAUAUAAUAUAAUAUAUAUAUUUGAAUGUGUCAUGUUUUGCAGAUUCUAACUUUUAAAUAUCUAUUGAAUUCCAUUGCACUGCAUCUGCCCUUGUAGCAUAACUGAAUGACCAUGAGUUGUAUUUAAUUCGUGAUGUUGACUUGCUACCAAUGCCAUUUUAUUAUUAUUGUUAUUUUAUAAAGCUGUUUCAUUUUUUCUAAAAAAAAAAAAAAAAAAAUUAUAUAUACAUAUAUAUAUCACUGUCUAAGGCCAAAAUGGCAAUUUAUAUAAUAAUGUGGAAGUCCCUGAUUGUUUUACCUUUGCCUACUGAGAAAAGAAAAAUGAGGGUUUUUAAUGUGUUUGUCAGUCCUGCUGUAUAAUUAGCUGCCAGGGUAGCGUGAAGGAUGAUGGAUCUUAGAGAGUGAUGAGGUAGUUUACUGAGAUAUCGAGCAUGCUGCUGAUGUGAGACAGGUAUACAAAUAUCCCAUCUUCCUGCAUAUUUUAAGGGUUGUUAAGCUGAUGGCCAUAAGAUAGAUAUUUGGUUCCAACUUGUCAAAUAUCAAUGCUUGGUGAGUGGCCCUUGGCAUCAGGUGCAGAUGCACCGAGGCACCCUUUAUCGGCGGUAUGAUAGACAUUGGGCAAUUGUUGAUACUCUGAGCAACUGUCAUAGUAUAAGGAGCAAGAAAGUCCACAUAGGGCAGACGGGAGGGGAGGUGGAUGGGUCAAACAAAUUGUUGGUGUACUGUGAAACCAAAAAUAACUCAAGUUAUUUUCAGAAGUAACUGCACCCCAGAGUUUUGGCUGAAGUGCCUCUAUAUUGAAAAUUCAAAAAAUGCCUCUACAACGUGAACAAAGUAUCAACAUGGGCAGCAUAGGGCUAAGACACGUCCAGUCACUCCUUUGUACUGUGCAGAGGAGUGAUGGAGGGAGGAAGCGGGGGUCAAGCCGGUCUCACUCCGAAGUCGUUGAAAUUCGACGCUUAGGCAGUGACUUGCGGUGUUAGACACUGACGAAAAAAGCUUUAAUGUCGGCAUGAUAUGCGGCUGGUCGUUAUAGUUUAAAGGCGCUCAGCAGCAUCGCGGGGAAACACGGAGGGACAAGAAUGAAAGUUAAGGCAGCGAAAGUCAGAGUAGGGUGGGCAGGAUGGGUGGUGGAUAGGUCCAACAAACACCAACCUUCACCCGGGGGAGCAGUGUUUGUGUCCCAUAGGAUUAUAAAAAGCCAAAUUCUCUUCUUUUUCCUAAACCCAACCACUUGCGUAAGAUGUUGGAGGAAAAAAAACAUCAAUUUACGGUGUUGUACCAACGUAGUACGUUUAUUUUAAAAGAGACUGUAUGUAAAUGAUGAAUUUUCCUUGAAAACAGAAGUGUAUUUUGAAAGAAGACAAUGCAUGUAACAGGCGGAAUUUGACCAGGUGUCCCAGAACAUCAACCAAAGGUACCUUUCACGUCGUAUCUGGACGUGGAAAGUCCGUGACCAAAUGUUAAUAUGUGAUGAGGUCAGAGUGACACUUUGUUGGGGGGUUUAUUGAUGACAAAAGCUGCCUCCAUUUACGUCGCCUGCCACCAGAUCGGCCAGUAGGAAAAUUCCAUGAGGACAGUUGCUAACGCAAAACAUAGAUUUCACAUACUUUGUGCUAUAAUGUCAAGUUUGGACCUGAAUUGAUCAACAACACUUAAUACUCGUAUAUGCUGGUUUUCACUCUUUAACAACAACGUAGUGUGCUAGCAUACAACGCUAGUGACAUAUGUCACUUGACAUACAUGUAAGUGGCAACAUCUGGGGCUGAAAAAUGAAACCAAGACCCAAGUGCCAAAACUGCAGUUCUUUGAACGGCCACAUGAGGCUGCUCCAGGAACCAGUCAAUCCCCAUAGACCACCAUGUGAAAAUGCCCAACUUUACAGCAGAAAUAAACAUGUUUACAGCCAAGGACAAAAAAAGGUUUUGGUCUAUGUAGCUAAUUUUCACCCUCAUGACAACUGUACAGGAGUGAUUUUUUUUAUAGAACUCACCUGUUUACAUUUUAUUAAGGCUUAAAGUUCUGCAUAAUUAACGGCAGGAUGCUUUGAGUGACAGGCCGCCUGCUGAUAGUGUCCUCAGCUUCUCAGUCAGAUCCACGCCUCGCUCCUCCACAGCUCCAGCCUCUUGCCCAAAUAUGGUCACUCCUGGCCCCAAAAAACCAAGAUGGCGACGGCCAUGGUGCCAAACUCGAGGCAUUAUUUUUACAGUCUGUGCGUAUGUGACAUAAGUCAGGUGCAGUUACAUUAUGUUAGUUAUAAACAUAGUUAUUUUAAGACAAACCAUGAGGUUGUUUUUCUAAACAUAACCACGUCCCUUUGUUGCCUAAACCUGAGGAAGUAAACCUCAAAAUGAAGAGUUUCUUUUGCCUACAUUCUGAGUUUACUUUGGAAAGACACUACAUGUUACAAGCAAAAAUUGACGCGCCAUCCCUGAGCAUCCAAAACUGAUGCAGGAGCGCUACCCAGAGUCAUAUUUUGACAUGUAGGGCCACUGAUCAAGCGUCAGUACUUGACAAGUUGGAAGUAAGAAUGUGUUGCUGAUUUCACUGUUGAUGCUUCUGCUGUAAAAUCAGAGCGAAAGAAAUAUACUCAGCAUACCUGGUAAUACAACCUAUGAGAUUAAGACAUAUUCAGAUGAGCUCAGGGAACACAGUAUAGUAGCAAAUGUGUGAUAAAGCCAGUGUCAGUGAUAGUGAGAUGAUGGUUAUGGUCUGUGAUUGACUGUGAUGAGAGCCUGUGAUUGUAUAAGGGGGUUUUCAGGUUAAAAAAAUGACUCGAGGAUGUGCUCUGAGCCAAUCAGUGGUAGGUCUUUGUGCAAUAGUUCGGUUGGUUGAAUGAGUAAAUCCAACCCUGAGUGUCGGGUAAAGGCAGUUCACUCUGGUUAGACAGAUAAUGCCCUUUUUAUUGUAUGUCCCUCUGCACUGUUGUACUCCUUUAUGCCUUUAUUUUGACCUAUUUUUAUUUUAUUUGUUGUUGUUUUUUUUAAUCUCAUCUCUGUAUCAUACUGUGGCCUUGCAUCGCUUCAUUAGAAAAACAAUCCUUGUGGUAUCUUCUACAUUCUGUAGGAACAGUAGAUGUAAAUGUUUGUACAUUGUACAGCACCUUUAUACAUACUUGCUGAGUGCUCUUUCGGGGAGAAAAAAAAAAUAGAGGUAUAUUAAAUCGCUCCAUUAUUUUUUUAUGUAAAAAAAAAAAAAAAAAGAGAAAAUAUUUAAAAAUGAAUUGAAAAGGAUAGACUAUGACCUUGACAUGGUGUUCCGUUCAUGCACUGAAAAUAAAGUUUUACUGAAAACACCCUCUGG